GGGACCUCGGGAGACUCUCCUUUUCCACCCUGGCGACUUUUAAGAUGACUGGACUUCAACUCCCAAAAUUGGGGAAUUGAGUGGAAGGUGGAGAAACUUUUUUUUUUUUAACAUUAUGCAUAUUAAAGUCACCUUAAACUUGUCAAGGUGGAAAAACACCUUGCCUGUGGAAAAGUGGAAAAUGGAGAAACUCUGCCUGUGGAAAAGUAGAAGGUGGAAAAGUGGAAGGUGGAAAAAACACUGCUUGUGGAAAAGUGGAAGGUGGAAGGUGGAAAAACAUUGUGGAAAAGUGGAAGGUGGAAAAAACAUUGCCUGUGGAAAGUGGAAGAUGGAAAAAAACAUUGCCUGUGGAAAAGUGGAAGAUGGAAGGUAGAAAAAAGACUGGAAAAGUGGAAGGUGGAAAAAAUACUGCCUGUGGAAAAACGAAAGGUGGAAAAAACACUGGAAAAGUAGAAAGUGGAAAAAACAUUGCCUGUGGAAAAGCGGAAGGUAGAAAAAACACUGGAAAAGUGGAAGGUGGAAAAAACAUUGCCUGUGGAAAAGCGGAAGGUAGAAAAAACACUGGAAAAGUGGAAGGUGGAAAAAACAUUGCCUGUGGAAAAGUAGAAGGUGGAAAAAACACUGUGGAAAAAUGGAAGGUGGAAAAAACAUUGCCUGUGGAAAAGUAGAAGGUGGGAAAAACACCGUGGAAAAGUGGAAGGUGGAAAAAACAUUGCCUGUGAAAAAGUGGAAGGUGGAAAAAACACUGGAAAAGUGGAAGGUGGAAAAAACAUUGCCUGUGGAAAAGCGGAAGGUGGAAGCUGGAAAAACACUGUGGAAAAGUAGAAGGUGGAAAAGCACCUUGCCUGUGGAAAAGUGGAAAAAUGGAGAAACUCUGCCUGUGGAAAAGUAGAAGGUGGAAAAGUGGAAGGUGGAAAAAACACUGCCUGUGGAAAGUGGAAGGUGGAAAAAACACUGGAAAAAUGGAAGGUGCAAAAAACACUGCCUGUGGAAAAGUGGAAGGUGAAAAAAACACUGCCUAUGAAAAAACAAGGUGGAAAAACACUGGCUUCAGAAAAGGCCAAGACUCGAGAAUGGCGAUCUGAAACUUUUUGGACUACAACUGGGAUGUUUCCUCAGGAAUUUAUUAUUUCCUUUCAUAAAUGUGUGACCAUUAGCAAACUGACAAUUCAAUGUUACUUAGUGAAGAGGUUACGCAUUGAAAAAAGUGUAUCUAAAGAUCCAGUUGAUUUUGAAAAAUGCAUUGAAAGAGAGCUGCAGUGUAAAGAUGGGGAACUACAAACAGAAGAUUUUUCUUUUCCUGAGAUCCAAGCUACAUAUCUUCGAAUCAUCAUUUUAUCUGCUUCUGAUGCUUUUGUGUCAGUUCAUAGGGUAAUAGCAGAAGGACUAUCAUACAAAAGUUAGAUUCAAUAUUCAGAUUAUAACACAUUAAACAUUAAGUCUUUUUUAAAAUGUAGCAGGCAUUAAUGACUCUUAAAGUAUACUAACUGCAGUUGCUGUUUAAUCUUUUCAAUGAUAAUUCGUUAAAAAAUUUCAACAAUGAGCAUUAUUUAAACUGAUAAUAUUUAUAUGAUGAUGUACAGUAUAUUAUAGAUGAAAUAGAGUAAUAAACAAGAAUGUUUACUUAUCAAAACCCUC